AUGCGGACAAGCUCUCACUUUGUUCGCCUUCUCCAAGCCCACAAAACACAUGUAGACUGUGGAGGACCAGAAACAGCCAGGAACUCAGAUCAAGGAAGUGAUAAUGAAACUGAAAACCCCUCUGAGCCUGAAACUAAAGACAUUUGUAAUCAGAGGAAGACUGAUGAGCACAGGUCAGGUUUAAACUCCAAAAAAUCUAAAGACAAGAGAGUGACUGAUAAAACAGUGCAUAGCUGCUCUGAGUGUGGUAACAGGUUUAAACAGAAACAGGGCCUCAUCAGACACAAGGUAGUUCACACAGGAGAGAAACCCUUCAGCUGCUCUGAGUGUGGUAACAGGUUUAACCAGAAACAGCAUCUGAUCCCUCACAUGUUAGUUCACACAGGAGAGAAACCCUUCAGCUGCUCUGAGUGUGGUCAAAGGUUUAAACAGAAACAGGGCCUCAUCAGACACAAGGUAGUUCACACAGGAGAGAAACCCUUCAGCUGCUCUGAGUGUAGUGAAAGGUUUAACCAGAAACAGCAUCUGAUCCCUCAUCUUAAAAUUCACACAGGAGAGAAACCCUUCAGCUGCUCUGAGUGUGGUCAAAGGUUUAACCAGAAACAGCAUCUGAUCCCUCACAUGUUGGUUCACACAAGAGGAAACCCCUUCAGCUGCUCUGAGUGUGAUAAAAACUUAAGUAAACUGAACCUGAUCAGUCCCAAGGUAGUCCAUACAAGAGAGAAACCCUUCAGCUGCUCUGAGUGUGAUUCUCAUCAACAAAAACUCCAAGGAAUCUAG